CACCAUCAAGCCACUUCCUACCACCUCACUCCUGCUUGUGCUCAGGGUACCUGCGCCCAUGUUCUGUUCUUUUAUGAAUACCUUGAGAUCUUGAAUUUUUGAACAAAACCUGGCAAGGGGUGUUUUUCAGGGUGCAAUGUCUUCGAGAGCGAGGGAGUUGGCUUGACUUGAAACGCGGAAGAACAUUGAGGAGAGCUGGAAAGGCUGUCGAAGAAAGAUUUCAAGACAGGAUUUCAAUCACUGUGUGCAUCCCCAAUCGCUAAUGCAACCCCAUUCUGCCGCCGAUCACAGUGCCUUUCCUCCCUUCUCCUGGACGCUGAAUCCACUCCCCGCCGAUGCACAGCCUGAAAGUCAUAUCAGCGCGGAUCCUCGCCCUCCUCUGCAGCAUCAUCGCACCAGAUCCGCCCAUCGACAGACUCGGCGAUUGGCAACGCCGGCAUCUCGCUCGAUCCGGCUCGUUCAAGCCUGGGUCAGCGCGGAUCCCCUCUGCGAUCCUCCGCACUCGUGUCGUUCCCCGCGAGAUCCCAUCUCCUGGCCCUCACCUUCGCCAUCGACACUGCCUCUUGCGAGCACUCCUUUCGCAAUACUCCGGUCGAGGCAUGCAAGAGCAGGCGGUGGGCGGUACUAGACGCCGUGCGUCGAUGCCAUGCACCCUGUCGUACCUCCGUGCAUGCCCGCAUGAUCAGCGCGCACACUUGUCUUCUCAGUAGGACCGUCGCACUUUACCCGUCCUUCUGACCUCCCGUUUGUAUGCGUCAUCGUGAAGACUGUACGAGACCGAUCUUUGGCCCGACCAACACUGUGGUCGUUCGAGCUCGUCGUGCAUCUGUGGCUUCGCACGUUCGCCGUCUAGCGGCAGCCGUCAGUAAUAGAGGCGUGUCAACGACAGCACUUUCUGUGCGACAGCGCUGGGCCGACGAUCGCGCAUACAUUCGCCUCGACGUCGCCGGUCGGGUCCGUACAGAGUCUGAGCAGGUGGCUGGCAGACGCAUCCAACGAGCGUCGCGCAAAUUUCUUUUUCUAUCUGCUGAGAUCCGUAGAGCGCGCGCGUUGAACCACGCCCACACCCAUUCCACCCUGAUAAACCGGCUUCUGGCCUACUUGCAUACCCUUUUCCUUGUCACCAGCACGAAUCUCUUCGCAACGGAGCGUGAGGAAGUCUAAGAUGGCAUGCAGAAGUGUCGACCCAGACAAGCACAACCCUACAUGAGUUCUUGCACGCUGUUGUUACUCGCGACCCUUUGUCCUUACAACGCAGCAGGAUCCAGGCCUCGUAUAAUCGAGCAGCAUUCUCAUUCGCAACACAAGUAUACUGCAUCGGGUCUUCAGCUCAGGAUCUCGACGUAGGCGAACCCCACCCGUCCGCACGUACGCAUGUAGUUCGUUUCUAUACGAUGACAUCUGUAUGGUACAUAAUCGAACGGGACGAGGCACUGUGAGAC